AUGCAUGGUUCACUCACUGGUCCAGUCACUGGUCCAGUCACUGGUCCAGUCACUGGUGGAUUCUGCUGCCAGAAGGAAGACGACACGUCAGAUCAACUCCACCUGAUGACAGAAGAGUCACGUGUAGCCGGACACACCCACGAGGCAAACUCCUGUCAGACAGAAGCGGCAGCCUGUCAGUCGGCAGCAGAACAGCGCAGAGGACGCCAACAGAUUCCAGAUUUGCAAACAGCAGACUCGCCUCUUUCUCUGGACGAACUACGACGGCUGAUCCAAGACAAAGUUCACAUCCUACAAGACCGGCAGGGUUUGGUGUUCGAGGACAACGCAGGACGAGAAGGAACGUGGAGGUUUGCAGCUCUGAGCAACGAGUUGACGUUUCACCUCCAGCAGCUGCAGAAACGAACGGAGCAGGAGCUCAGCGACAUCCACACACAACUCCUUCAGAAUAAAAGCCGCCAGCAGCAGCUGACCACUGAGCUGUUUGAUCUUCAGGAGAAGAAGAAACAGACAGAAGACGAGUUGAAGAGAAGCUUCUGCCUUCAGACAUCCACCUUUGAAUUGUGCGCUUGCCGGGAGCUUCAGGCCUCCGUCACCGAGCGUCUGGUCCAAUCAGAGAGACUCGUGUUCCAGGAGGAAGCACUGAGCGCGCUCCGUAACCUGCUGACCCAAGACCUGCAGCGCUACCAGGAAGAGACACAGAGACUCGAGUGUUUCACGCAGAAAGUGCUCGGAAUAAGGUCGGACGAAGAAGAAAGCAGCAGCAUGCAGGGAAAGAACGAGACAGAGCAGGAAAACCACAUGGAGUCAGAGUUCGAUUCGAACAAGCAUCCAGACAGUCCGUCGGAGGAAGAGCCCUCCACGCCCAAAGUCACGUCCGCCAGCCAGAAUCCCAGAUACCAGCUGUUCCUCAACAACGAGCUGAAGACCAACGGGCUGAGCGGCAGGGAUGCAGACAGUCCGGGAGGCGGCGGCGGGUCGGUCGGGGAGAACGGGCCCAGGCUGGCCCGGUGGGAGACGGCCCGGCUGGGGACGAACCACUACAAAGGCUCCCUGGAGUCUCUGACCUCCCGGGACUGGGACUCCAUGUCGGACAAGUUGGGAACCACCGACAGUCCGCCCAGAGUGUUCAACAGUCCGUACGCCACAGCCACCUCCAUGGAGUACAACCCCAUGCACCGCAUGUCCGAGUUCAAGGGUGGACUUUCUCCGGCCACCUCCGAGAUGAACCUGUACGGCUUCAACAGUCGCAGCACCAGUCCGGUCCCGGGCACCAACCUCACCAACCUCACCAACCUCGCCUCCCGCCCCCGGUUCUCCGCCUACGACACCCUGGUGAGGAGGAGGGCGGAGGCCAACAGCACCGUGGUGCCCACCCACUACAGCAUGCGCUCCGCCACUCUGGGGGCGCCCAAUAGGAAGGACUACAUCGAGGAGCUGACCAAACAGCUGGACGUCUGCCAGAAGCGCAACCAGUUCCUGGAGGCAGAAAGCGUGGAGAUGGAGAAGGAGAGGAACCAGAUCAGGUUCGAGAUGCGAGGCCUGCUGGUGAACAACGAGGACCUCCUGAGGACCAACGCUCAGCUGAACAACGAGAUGAAGAGGCUGAGAGAGCAGAUGAUCGAGAUGGAGAGAGAGAGCCAGGCCAUGGGGGAGAAGUACAGAGAGAUGGAGAUCGAGGUGAAACAGGCCCGAGACAUGAUGGUGGAGGCCAACACUCAGGAAUACGCCUUCAACUAUCUCCAGCAGUCACUGAAGAACAAGAUCCAGGAUGCAGAGGAAAACCUGGACAAGCAGACGCAGCACGCCAACAGUCUGGCAGAGAAACUGUGGCGGGCGGAGAGACAGCUGGAGGAGCUGGAGGUGGACAAAGGCACCAAAGACAAGAGGUCGUCCGAGCUGAGCAACACCAUCAUCAGCCUGGAGUUGGAGCUGAGUGAAGCCAUACAAGCCUCCACGCAGGCCACCGCCGAGCUCAGCCUGCAGCAGAAGCUGCGAGACGACGCCCAGCUGAGGGUGGAGGAGCUGGAGGAGGCUCUGCUGGAGAAGGACCAGGAGCUGCAGAAGCUGCAGACCACCAUCAGCAGGCUGCAGGGAGAGGUCUCCGGGAGGCUGAUCGACACCGAGCGGACGCUGGAGGACGAGAUCCAGAUGCGGGAGCGGCUGCAGCUGCAGUGCAAGCAGGCGGAGAGGACGGUGGACGACCUGACCAUGGAGCUGCAGACCAGCAACCAGGCCAAGGAGGACCUGACCAAGCAGCUCAAACAGGCCCAGGAGAAGAUGAUCGACCUGGAGAGCGACCUGGAGGAGCUGCACGACAGCGAGCAGAGGUGGGCGGCCAAGCACAAGAGAUCCAUCGAACAGACCGAGCAGCUGCAGCUGAAGGUGAUUCAGGAGAAAGAUCUGAACGACCAGCUGGAGAUGGAGAAGGUCUCCAUGGAGAGACAGAUGCGUGAGCUGCGUCUGGAGGUGGACGAGCUGCAGAGCUCCAGAGUUCAGGAGGACGUCAUCUCCAGGACGGAGAGCAGACUGAAGGAGCUGGAGAACGUCCUGAGGACCGAGGAGAGAAACAAGAUGACUCUGACCAACACCAUCGGUAAGCUGGAGAGGAGGAUCAACGAGCUGACGGACCAGAUGGAGGAGGAGCACCGGAUAGCCACGGAGCAGAAAGACCUGAUGACCCAGAGGAUCCGCACCCUGAAGCGGCAGGUGAACGAGGCCGAGGAGGAGGCGAGCAGGAAGGAGGCUCAGUACCGCCACACCAACCGAGAGCUGGUCGAGGAGAGGGAGACCAACAGCCGGCUGCAGAGGCAGCUGCUGGACCAGCACCUGCAGAACAAGCGUAAAGAGACGCUGACCAUCCGUCAGACUCUGGACAACCUGAGGCUGGACCUGAGUGUCGACGACGAAGACGAAGACCAGCAGCCGGAUCAACAAACGAGCAGCGUCACCAAAGUCUAAAACUCUCCCACCACCAUAUGUAAAUACAUAGAGAUUGUUUUUUUUUGUUUUACAUAAACCAGGAUAUGCCUUUAAUUCUGCCACCAGCAGCUUUUUACGGUGAAACUCCUGUAGGUUAGUCGUUCUGUGAAGCUAAACAAACCACAACGUCCACCAGGAUCUUUUGUCUUUACUUGUGCCAAAAGAUGAAACGUGUCGUGAUUUUACGCUGGACGCAUUUCCCCAAGAAAAACAAAUGAAAUAUGGUGCUAAGUGGUGGAAGACUGGGCGCUUCCCUGUAGACGACUUUGUUCAACUUACCUGCUCUGAACUGAGUAAAAACUCCAUUUCCAACCAUAUUUCUGGAAUUUAGCAAAAAGUUUCACCAUUUUGCCACUCGUCGCCCCCUCCUGGUGAUCAGGAGGAACUACAACCAAUUUCGUAUAAAACCGCAGAAGCUCCUGGUGGACUCACGGCCUCUUUAAAAACACAAUCAAAGAAACACGUUAAAGGAAACCCUGCUGGUGACGGUUUGAUUUCAGGUUCCUUGUAGGUUUUGUUUUCAGGCAGAAGUAAUGAAUUUUCUACAUCGUUCAGUCGCACAAACGCUUCACGGCCUUAAAGUCUCGAUGGACAAUUACUCCGAACAACAAAGUGAAUCCUUUAAAUUCACCAGACUUCUCCGGUGUCUUGUAUCUUAGCGACUCUUUGCUGACAGCUCUUUCCUGACGAGGGGUUUUCUGCAGUAUUCGGUUGUUCACUCUCACAGGGUAACGAAACAAAAAGCAGACCUGCGGGAUCACUGAGGGAUCUUUGAACGUGAUUGUAGCGGUUUUUUGAUCCACACAUAGGCACGAUUAAGAGAUUAUUUAUAUUGGAUGUGUUGUUUUUUUUUUUGUGUGUGUGUUUUUAUGUCGUUUAUGUGAUUUGAAGAUUAUUAUUGACUUUGCUGUAUUUUUAGUUGCUUGUGGGGGGAAACCUUUUAGAGAAUGAGAUGUUGGAUGAUUUUAGAGUUCAGUUUCAGGUAUUUUGAGGGGUUUUGCUGCUGUAUUGAUGGAGCUUCCUGUGCCUCACACAGUGUACAGUAUACGAGAUGUGCAACAACACAGAAGACCAAAAAAAUUUAGAAAAUCUCACGCUAUCGUUCCUGUUGUACAAAUUCAGUCAAAAAAAAAAAUCUAACUUACGGCACCUUAAACACAUUCAGGAUAGACGAAAGGUUAAAUGUUUACUCGGCACAAACAAACAGAAACCGUUUGAAAUGCAGAACAAAUGUACAGAAGCGCGUUGCAUUCACAAAAAGACGAACAAAUCUGUUGAUCACAAACUUAUGAAAUCUUGAGGUUAAAUCUUCAUAAUCAGAAUCUGAGAAUUUUCAGGUGAAUCUGGGGAAAAAAAUAACCCAUAUCACCAAUAAACUUCCCCAACUGAUGAUUUACAAAAAGAUUUAUUCUGAAAUUCUCUGUUUACGUAUGCAAAUAAGGUAAUAUACGUAUUAAAUGUCCUAAUUUGCAUUCAUUUUACAGAACAGAAAUCUGAAAAUGUGAACAAUUACUCUUUCAUUUUGUGGAUAUAUUACAGCCAAAGUUUUUUACAGAUGGGAUUUGAAUAUUUUAUUUUAUCACUCCACAAAUCUGGGGGGGAAAAAAAACUGUCAACAAGCUCAAAAACAUAAAUUUUUUACUACGUUUUAUGGCAUAAAGUGUUCUAUAAAUGAGGCCAUGACUAAGAUAUGAACAAACCACACAUACAGGAUAUAGAUGUGAAUAAAAGAGGAGAGUUUGGUGUAUAUAAGUGGUACAAAAGUGGAGUUAUUUGGCUCAGAAUAUGAGAAAAACAACAAUAAAGCUUGAGGUUGGAGAGAAAAUGGUUGUAGAGAGACGAUAAACAAGAUAAAAAUCAUAAUUAAUGCCCCAUUAGUCAUAAUAACGAGCUAAAUUCUGCCAUUUUACUUCUGUGAAUGCAAUGUAAGUCUGAACGUACGCUCUGUAAAAAUCUGUUUCAUGUUCCGCAUGCUGUUUUAAUUUUUGUUGUUUUUUUUCAUAAGAAACCCUAAAACAGACAAAAACAAACAGAACCUGGUCAUUAAAUUCAAAUUAUCGAUAGAAAAUUAGAAGCAUUUACAUGAUUCAUCCUCCAAUAUUGGUAAUAAAAGUUAAUCAGUACUUUACUUUGAAGGAGACUCGCUUCCUCCUUCUGAUUGAUCAAAUUGAACUCUGACAGUCUUCUGCAUGUUCGCUGCUCGAAGGACGUCAGAAACAUGUAAAGCUAAAAAAACAAAUAUCCACCUGCAGUUUGAAUUCUCUCUCAUGUUUACAUUUGUUUUGUUCUAUUUUUUUGGAAAGAAGAGCACAAAUCACGAGUUUUUCUCCCUGAAAGACUGUCGGAGCUCAGCUGUAAUUGUGUUUUUGUUUUGUUUUGGUUGAUCUUUUCUCCUUACAAAAGGAAAUGAUGGUAUAUCUGCAGACAUGUAUAAAUGCGAAGUAACUCACAUACAGACUUAUUUUUGUAACUAUACUUCAACUUCUUACUGGUUCUGCUGUUCUCGGGUAUUUAUUUUUGUGUUUCGCGUUCUCUCUCUCUGUUUUGGUGAGAAGUUUCUUAGAACAAAAUACAAAUAAAUUCUUCUCUACUGUGAAUUUCA